CAAAGAUUGAGGUUAGAUUGUUACAGCUCGUGCCUAUUGAGCCGAUUGUUUUACCAUUAAUUUGGGUUUGUUUUCAUCGCUUCGUUGAAUAAAUCCGAUAGUUAGCCGCAAAGAUGAAUUACUUGAGUGAAGUGCGAACGGUGUUUCGGCAUGCGAUCCGAUUGCAACCGGGCCGAUUGAGUGUGGCAAACUAUUCAAAAGUGGCCGAACCAAAAGACGAUGAAAUCUAUGACGAGGACAAGGAAGGUGAAAAUGUUUCCGACCACUUGGUGGACGAAGUGGAUGUGGAGGCUCGUGAAAAAGAAAUUGAACGUAUGCGAAACAAAUCCCGGUUAAAUAAAACGCAUCGAAAUUUCCUGUUUGAUUUACCAAAGCCAAACGAAGAAUACAAAUGGGAUAAAACAUUGUACUUUAGUCGAAAACAGUUCGGUCGUUAUGGUUCGAAAACUGGAAUUGAUCCACGUCUCUGUUUUUACACGCCCGAAGAAAUUGCCGAUCGUGCCGAAUUUCAACGUGUUCUGCAUCCGUACACCAUUCAGCAGAUGGUUGAAAUGAGUAAAAAAGCGAAGGCAGAAAAACAGGCAGUAAUUUUGGAGCGUGAAAAGAAAAUCGCACAGAAUCUAACGAAAUUGGACAGAUGGAUGGAAGAUUUGCAUAAACGUGUCGCCCAAAAAGAGGAGGAAGCGCGACAGGCGAAGGCUAAACGUGAAGCAUUGUUGGAAGAUAUUCGUCAAGAGUUUGGCUUCAAAAUUGACUACAAAGAUCCACGUUUCAAGGCUCUGAUGGAGAAGAAGGAAUUGGAAGCGAAGAAGGCAAAGAAGGCCGAAAAGAAGAAGAAGCGAGAAGAGCAACUGAUGCAAAAACUCAAAGAACAAGCACAAGAAACGAUGGAAAAGGGCAAAGAUGCGAAAAAAGCCGAAAAAUCGGAUGACAAAUCAAAGGAUGCGAAGAAGGAAAAGGAGAAAGAUGAUAGUGGUUCGUCGAGCGAUAGCGAUAGUGACAGCGACGAUGAAAAGGAUAAACAGAAAAAGUGAAUUUAGUUUGAAAAUAUGAAAAUUUCCAUUAGUUGGCUGAAUUUUCUUUGUUACAGAAAUUUUUAUUAAAUAAAAUUGAAAUUAAAAUAAUUAGAAAACAAA